AUGGAACUUUCUGUUUCCUCUCCAAAGCAAAUUGUGUUAUCUCCACCUGAUUGUAUGAGUGACCCUGAGGAGCAUGAGAUCAGCGAGGAGGAGGAUGACGAUCGUAACCAUAAGCACCGAAGGAAAGAAGAGACGAGGUCACAGUCCUUGGAAGAAGAUUCUUCAAAUCAGGCUUACUCAAGGCCGUACAGGAAAAACUAUAGACAUUUUGAAAAUGGCAAUUCGUUUAGUGAACAUGAAAAGCGGUCUGUAGGGGCAGCAUCGGGACAGCGUGUACAGUUUGAUAAUCAAAGAAUGAGAUCAAACCCAAUGUUUUCAAGGGACUCUGGUCCUGGUAGAGGUAGAGGAAAUUAUGGCUCUUGGGGUCAACGUGAUUCCAUGUUUAAUCCUGUUGAUCUCUCAUCUCAUAUGGUUCAAGUUGGAUCUAUGGCUUCGGGCAUGUUUGGAGGAAGGGGACUAGCUGGUGUUUCAGCAGCUCAGAGUGCACCAUGGCCUGCUUUUGGAAUGCUUUCUGGAGUUCCAAAUGGUGGCUUAGAUGGUUUCCACCACUUACAAGGAUCCCUAAGACCGCCCUUAAAUGCUCCACUCAACAUGGGUAUUCCUCGACAGCGAUGCAGAGACUUUGAAGAACGCGGUUUCUGCCUCAGAGGGGAUAUGUGUCCGAUGGAGCAUGGAAUGAAUCGUAUUGUUGUUGACGAUGUACAGAGUCUAUCACAGUUUAACCUACCCGUUUCAGUCUCUGCACCUCAUCUGGCUGCUUCUUCUAAACCAGUGCCUCCGCAGUUUGGGUGUGUUAAUUUCAUGAAUACUAAAGGAGCUCAUGGGAAGAUUCACGAGGGCGGAAUGGCUGUUGAUGGUUUGGGUUAUGGUGAUGCAUAUCCUAGUGCUGCUGGAACUGAUUUUUACGAUCCUGAUCAACCUUUGUGGAAUAACAAUGGUGGUGAAACUUCAGGUGCAUUAUCUGCUCUAAAUUCUCAUGGAAUUGAUGAGAAUGUAGCUCCGCUGGAUGACAAUAACCAAGAUGACUCAAAAAGCACAAGUCAAUCUGUUUGGGGCAGAAUGCGUGGUUCUAAUAGUCAAGCGAAUUUCAAAGAGAAAGCUGAUGCAUUACCAAAUUCGUCAACUGGUCUUGAAGAUCAAUUGAAGGAGGUCUCAGUUAAUUUAUCCCGACAUGGUAAACAAAACUAUGUUGGUGAAAGUGUUGGAAAAGCGGUUGAUUCAUCAAAUAUGUCAAAUGAUGCGAUGAUCAAUACAAGGAAACCAACUCAAAAGGCGAUGCGGACUCUAUUUGUGAACAAUGUUCCCCACGAGAGCAACAGAAAGGACCUCAUUCUUGCCCAUUUUCAGAAAUUUGGGAAAGUUAUUGACAUUCACAUCCCAUUAAAUAGCGAGCGAGCAUUUGUGCAGUUCUCGAAACGUGAAGAGGCUGAAUCUGCUCUCAGGGCACCUGAUGCUGUGAUGGGUAACCGCUUUAUCAAACUUUGGUGGGCAAAUAGAGAUAGUAUACAUGAUAAUGGCCUGUCCACUGGCAAUGGUUCUGUGAAGGGUCGUGGUAUGACUGCUUCCGGAGGGCAGAACCAACUUCCUAUUGCUGCAGCAUUGAAAAGCAACCAUGUCUCUUCCACUGCAAAGGGUCCUGCCUUCCACACUGGUGGAGCACCUUCCUCCUCUGAACAGCCUAAGCCUGUGGUGGUCACCAGUGGUCCCAAGGUUACACCGCUUCAGCAGAAAAAAGCAGACACUCUUGAGCGGUUAAAGGAGACUCUUCGGAAAAAGCAAGAAAUGUUGGAGCAGAAGCGUAAUGAGUUCCGGAAAAAGUUGGCGACACUUCAAAAACAAGGUACGGUUGUCAAGGACGAGGAAGCAGAUGAGCCCGAUGCUAAGCGCCUUAAAGUAGACGCAGCAUCUGGUUCAGCAUCUGAUUCUGCUGCUGCAGUUGCAUCACCAAAAACAGAGUCAUCGACAGAUAAAAAAGUUCCUAUCCAGAAACCAGUUUCCACCGCUAAACUAAGCAUAGAAACACCAUCGUCCGAUUUGAAAAACUCGAAGCAAAGACCUUAUUCAUUUACCGCAAGUUUGAACACUCCUAUGGCAAAUAGGUAUAAAUUGGACAACCGCACAACUACUAUCAAAGUGGUCCCUCCUUUACCAACCGGGUUAGCUGAUCUUGCUGUCUUAAAGGAACAUUUUUCGUCUUAUGGUGAAGUCUCGAAAGUGGAACUAGAAGACAAUCCAUCAACUGAUAGUGACAAGUACCAUGAGACAUAUAACGAAAACCGUGCAGCUUGUGUCACAUUUGUGAAACGUACUGCAGCCGAGAAAGCGUUAGCUAAUGGAAACUGUUGGCAAGAACACAUGUUGCAGCUCGUGUGGGUAACACGUCAAAGCAACAGAGAGAACAAUAGUAACAAUAAUAACAAUCCCUCUGUUUCUCGUGAACACCCUAGCAUAAAAAAAAAGUGCACUUCUUCCAUCUCUAAUGACCCAAAACCAGCAGAUGAAGAAGUCAAAGCUUCUUCUACAGAAGAACCAGAGAACACACAUGUUUCCGGAGAAAACAAUAGUUUGGAUGAACAAGAGGCCAAAGAAAGGGACAAUGGCAACAAUAAAAGUAACAGUGAGUCCAUUUCUGAGGCGAUUUCACUGACGAGAUCUGAUGAAGAACAGUUGGAACAGAUGAAUGGUUAG